AUGCCUAGAUCACGAUGUUCCAGUACUUCGGGAUUAUCGUCCCGGAGUUCUCGCGAGGACAUGGGCAGUACCACCCCCAGUACCAUCUCCAGAACUCUUGUUUCCGAAUCGACCCCCUUGCUUCCUCUAAAGGAGCCCAUUUAUCAAGGAUACACUUUUUCUGACGAGACACUCCACCAUGCGGCACCUAUAUUUGGCACUCAAAUUUUGGAAUACUCUCUCAUGCUCACGUCAGUCAUCUCUCUCGGCCACAUAUCUACCGAGGCGCUAGCAGCUUCGGCCUUGGGUACAAUGACGGCUGGGGUCACUGGGUUGAGCAUCAUCACUGGAUUUGCGUGUGCCCUCGACUCUUUACUGCCUCAUGCAUGGACCAGUGGAAAUUCCCAACACGUGGGACUUUGGACACAGCGCAUGAUAGUUUUGCUAUCUAUGAUAUCUGUGCCCAUCGUCUUGCUAUGGUUGAAUGCCGAGUCGAUCCUGCUUAAACUGAGACAAGAACCAAAGGUCGCACAUAUGGCUGGAAUGUACCUAAAAUGGUUCGUCCUGAGCCUACCAGGUCAAACGGUUACGGUCGUGGCACGACGAUUUUAUCAAGCGCAAGGACGAUCCCAUAUCCCCACGAUUAUCAUGAUUUUUAUUGCGGCUCUCAACGCCUUUCUUAGCUGGCUUCUUGUGUGGGGGCCGGAGCCUUUUAGACUUGGAUUUAUUGGCGCACCCAUUGCGAGCAGCAUUUCGUUUGACCUAAUGGCAAUCAUCUACAUCAUUCAUGCUUAUUGGAUCAACUCUUCCGAGGCAUGGCAUCCCAUCAACCACCUCUGUUUUCAAGAGCUUGGCAAACUAUUCAGACUUGGGCUAUCCAGCACUGGCCAGAUUGCAAGCGAAUGGUGGUGCUGGGAAAUUGUAGCUCUGGCAGCUUCUCAGCUGGGCCCCAUCCCACUAGCCGCGCAGAGUGUGCUUCUUACAUCAGCCAAUGUCGUGUUCAUGGCUCCCUUCUCAGUUUCCCUUGCAACGAGUAUACGAGUUGGAAAUGCUCUUGGCUCUGGUCAGGCUCGGAAAGCUAAACUAGCAGCUGAAACAGCGAUUGGAAUGUCUGUUUUCAUUGCGAUGCUUAUAAGUGCGACGUACAUGGCAUUUCGCAAAAAGUGGGGUUACAUGUUCAAUGACGACCAAGAAGUAGUCAACCUAGUUGCACAUGUCUUACCCUUCCUUGCACUUUCUCAACUAUUUGAUUGCGGAACAACUAUCAUGGAUGGUGUUCUUCGUGCUCGAGGAAACUCGCGUUCGGGGCCAUCGUGA